ACACACACACACACACACACACAGAGCCUCACCCUGCCUCACCCUGGGAUUGGGGGGGGGAGAAGCUGGGCAGAGGCCACCAGAACAGCCCAGAAGGAGGAGCAUCCUAGCAUAGUCCCAGGGACUCCUUAGUGAGCCAUCCUCACAGAAUCCCUUUUGCCCUGUGCCUCAGUUUCCCCCAGAUAUAACCCAGAAAGAACUCCCUUUGACAUUUCCACUGAGAUCAGUUAGUGUCUGUGAAGGUGUGGGAGGAACCUAAGUACUCUGAGAGCUGAGUGAUGCUGCUGGCCUGAUGGCAGGGCGAUCAGGGAAGCCCUCCGAAUGCCAAACAUCCCUGCCACUCAGAUGGCAAUAAGAGCCCAGGAUACUCUGCAGGUCAGCCAGAGAUGGCCCCACAAAUUGAGCCGGGGGACAGGCCUCAUGAUGCUCAGGAGCAGACAACCCCUUCAGGGGGAGAAGGACCCCCAGGUGCAUACUCAGGGUCCCUGAUUCCCAAACCUGAAGAUGUUUUCCAGAGUGAACAAGGGGAAGAACAGAGCACUGCAGAACAAGGAGGUGGACCCCAAAAAACAGAGCCUGAUGGCUCCUGCCCAGAAGACUGGAUGAUCCGAAAGGUGAAGGUGGAGGAUGAGGACCAGGGAGAGGAAGAGGAGGCUGCAUGGCCCCAACACCUCCCCCAGUUACUUCCCUGCGGCCCCUUCCUGCCAGCCGACCUGGGACCUCUGGCGGCUGUGGCCACCGCCUGUAAGCUGGAGCCUGGAGCUCCGGCGCCUCUGAGUGGGCUGGCUCUGGCAUCUUGGCCCCAGGUUCUGGAGAAACCUUACGGCUGUGGGGAAUGCGAACGACGCUUCCGGGACCAGCUGACCCUUCGGCUACACCAGAGGCUGCACCGGGGCGAGGGCCCGUGUGCUUGCCCAGAUUGCGGCCGCAGCUUCUCUCAGCGCACCCACCUGCUGGCCCACCUGCGCAGCCACCGGGGCGAGCGCCCCUUUCCGUGCCCGGAAUGCGGUAAGCGCUUUAGCAAGAAGGCUCACCUGACCCGCCACCUCCGCACGCACACUGGGGAGAGACCCUACCCCUGCGAGGAAUGCGGGAAGCGCUUCAGCCAAAAGAUCCACCUGGGCUCCCACCAGAAAACGCAUACUGGAGAGAGGCCCUUCCCCUGCGCCGAGUGUGAAAAGCGCUUUCGCAAGAAGACGCAUCUGAUCCGCCACCAGCGCAUCCAUACGGGUGAGCGACCCUACCAGUGCACCGAGUGCGGCCGCAGUUUCACGCACAAGCAGCACCUGGUGCGCCACCGGCGGGUGCACGCAGCAGGCCCUGCCCCACCUCCACCUCCGCAGCCGCAGAGCACUGACCCCUUGUGCCAGGACGAGUCCACGGCCUCUGCAGGGCCCAAGGCCUUCCCUUGCGCAGACUGCGGAAAGGACGUCGGCUGGAAGAAGAACCUGGUUUCGCACCAGCGGGUGCACCGAGGGAACCGACCCUUCGGGUUCUCAGAGCGCGCGCGGGGCCAGGGUGAGCGGCGCCCCCCCGGGGCAGCGGCGGCGGCCCACGCAGCCAUCAAAGCCUUUGCCUGCACUCACUGCGGGAAAAGCUUCAGCCAGCGUCCAGGGCUGGUGGCACACCAGCGGACCCACGCUGGCGAGCGGCCCUUCCGCUGUCCAGACUGCGGGCGCGGUUUCUCCCACGGGCAGCACCUGACAAGGCACCGACGCGUGCACACGGGCGAACGUCCCUUUGCCUGUACCCAGUGUGGCCGUCGCUUCGGCUCCCGCCCCAACCUUGCCGCCCACACCAAGGUGCACAGCGGCGCCCGGCCCUUUGCCUGUGCCCAGUGUGGUCGGGGCUUUAGCCGCAAGUCACACCUAGGCCGUCACCAGGCAGUACACACCGGGAGCCGCCCCCACGCCUGUACCGUCUGCUCUCGCUGCUUCAGUUCUAAAACCAAUCUGAUACGCCAUCAGGCAGUCCACACCGGCUCCCGCCCUUUCCCCUGCUCGCAGUGCGGCAAGAGCUUCAGUCGCAAGACCCAUCUGGCCCGGCACCAGCGCACCCAUGGUGAAAUCUCUCAUCUUGACCCCAGCUUGCAAAGUCCAACCUGGCCUGUCCCCACAAUGCCUGCCCCAACACCACUUUUCCUCUGAAUGGAAGAGAGCUCUAUCCCUCUUCAGCCAGGUUUCUGUCUAGCCCCUCA